UCCUGCAGAGAAGCGCAUCCGGUCAUUUGACCGGCGCCCGGGGGCUCGCGCAACAGGGGGAAGAAGAAGAGAGGACGUGAGGAAGGGAAGGGGAGCGAGGGAAGGAAAGGGGAGGAGAAGAGGAGGGUUUACAGAAUCAAUCGAUGGCAGAAGAUGGCCCCGCAGACUUGCUGCUACUGUGAUUCGGGGCUCGUCCGUUUGUCCGCUGCCUUGUUGCAUUAUUGAUUAUUUGAUACGAGGGGAGUGGGAGCCACGCUUCGCAGAGGAAAUUUCGUAAAUUCGCAGGAGGCGACAAGAGCAGUGGAUUUGGUCGAAUACGGCGUCCUCGAACCCGGGAGCAAUCGCAGCAGAAACAGAACAGAAUAGAAACGGAGGGUAAGGAAAAAGAAGGCCGGAAGUAGGGAGAAGCCAGGAGGACAAAGGGUAGUUCUACGGUUGCAUUUCAUUGCAUUGCCUUAUCCCCUGCUCUCCUCAGUGGAGGGAGUUGCACUAAGAGCAGUUUACGCUCGGUGCAGGACCAGACUGGAGAGUCGUAGACAGACAUCGUAGCCAGUGAAGAUAGAGUUUUGAAGAACACGCAUGAGGCGGAACUAGUUUGAGAAGGAAGAAGACAGCAGAGUGUAGAGAGGUAGUGACAGACAGAGGGAAACGAGAAAAGAUUGAGGACAGGGUGCUACUCCGGCUCUCAGCUAUGCCUGUGCUUGGGAAAAUCAUGAUGGAGCAUUGGUAGUUUUAUCCUCCUGGGUAGUCUGGCUGGACGGUGAUGGGGUGGAAAUACAGAAUAGGUUUGAUUCUCAUAGGAACAGUGGUUCUGAUAUGGGUCACUUCAGCAGAGGUUACUCAGAGCAUUUUCACAGCCUACCGGCAUCCAUUUGUUCUCACAUGGCUGGGAGCGUCUCUUCUUAUCGUCUAUCUGCCUAUCUCUUUAUUGAACGAUCAGAUAAAAUCAUGUAUAGUCAAAGCACGCAAGAGUCCUGGAACCUUCAGUGCUCUUACUCCCAGCGACUCUCCUAUGAAAUCUCCGCUAAAAAAUGGUCGGAAAGGUUCAGAUUUAGAACUUCAGCAUCUCAUGCUUAGGAAAGACUCCGAUCUGGACUUGGAACCUGAAGAGGAGAGUGCAUCUUUCAGUCGGGUGGACAGUGCACACCCAGCCAAGAAUCAUGGCAAAUUACUUUCAUGGGAUCUUGUCAAAGCAAGUUUUAUGCUAGCCCCUUUAUGGUUCUUGACCGAGUAUCUAUCGAAUGGAGCCCUUGCUCUCACUAGUGUUGCAAGCACAACCAUACUAUCAUCCACAGCAGGUCUUUUCACUCUCGUCUUUGGUACUAUUCUUGGACAAGACUCUUUCAACAUUUCCAAGGCCGUGGCUGUGAUCAUGACCAUAACAGGAGUUGCUAUGACGACUCUUGGGAAGACAUGGUCCACUGAUGAGGCAGAAAAUGCCAUUGAUGACAGCUCGGAUCAACAUUCUUUGUGGGGUGAUGCUCUUGGUCUUUGCUCAGCCGUAUCCUAUGGUCUUUUCACAAUUCUAUUAAAGAAGAGUGCUGGUGAAGGAGGCAGCCACGUCGACAUGCAACGGAUUUUUGGUUACAUCGGGUUGUUUACACUUUUUGGGUUGUGGUGGCUAAUUUGGCCUCUUAGUUGGUUAGGAUUGGAGCCUGUCUUCAGCCUUCCUACGACAAUCAAGGUGGAUGAAGUUCUUUUAGCCAAUGGAAUUCUUGGAAGUGUUGUUUCGGAUUAUUUUUGGGCUUUGUCCGUGGUCUGGACAACACCUUUGGUUGCUACUUUGGGCAUGUCCUUAACAAUCCCCCUAGCUAUGGUUGCGGACAUGGUGGUUCAUGGUCGUCAUUAUUCAGGCAUAUAUGUCCUAGGUUCACUUCAGGUGUUUGCCGGUUUUGUUGUCGCCAAUCUGACAGAUCAAUGCACCCGGAAGAUUGGACUGUAAAAUAGUCAUCAUUCAUUUAUCACAUUAGAAGUCUGAACCCUUUUCAAUUACUGUUAGUGGUUCUCAUUGAACCCGCUCUCAUUACUGACAGCCCCCCAUUACAGAUGAGCCUUUUCACCUAAUCCAACAAUUUGUUGAUAACUUGUGAAAUAAAAUUCAAUUUUGUUGACCGGUUGCCAAGG